UCUGUCGCAGAAUUUUGGUCUAUCCUGGUAUAUUGCAAAAAUUAAAUUCGCAAUUAAAAUGGGCAGCCUAGGCGAUUCUACCAUUCCGGUCGUGGAUCUUUCCCCCCUCGCUGGAAAAUAUGAGGACCUGAACGACGCCGUUUUUGGUCAACUGGUCGAAAAAGUAGGACAAGCUUUUAAUGAAGUUGGAUUCGUUUAUAUUGUAAAUCAUGGCGUGGAUAUGGACAAGAUUGAACACAUCCACAAAUUAUCGAAAGGCUUCUUCACUAUGUCAGCAGCGACGAAAAAUAAGUACAAGAAGCCAAACGCUGCGAUCAACUGGCACGGGUAUUCCGGACCUGGAGAUGAAUUCCUAAACGAAGCUGAAAAAAACUCCACCGAACUCCGUGAAAUGUUUGACGCCUGGGGAUUCGAGCAAUUCGACGAGAAACAUUUCCCCACCGAAGUCCCCGGCUAUAAAGACGCCUUUGACGCCGUUCGACCCGAAUGCAACAACGUAGGCAAAAAGCUUCUUCGCCUCCUAGGAAAAUAUUUGCAUCUCGACGACGACGAGCUUUUCGUCAAGGCGCACAGCUUUAUGAACAACCCGACAAAAAUUCGGACCCAUUCCCAAUUCCGGACUUUGCACUACUACCCGAUGGAACCGAAUGAUCCGAGCAUCCCGCCAAAUGCGAUCCGAUGCGGGGAACAUGCCGACUGGGGGACAAUUACGCUCCUGUUUCAGGACAUGGUCGGGGGCUUGGAGGUCAAGCGGCUGGACGGAAGUUGGAUCGAAGCCACGCCCAUCGAGGGCUCGAUCCUGGUAAACAUCGCGCAACUGAUGGAACUCUGGUCAGCCGGGAUUUUUCGGGCGACCCCGCACCGGGUCCGGAUCCUGGAUGUGGAAAGAAUCCGGAAAACGGCGAGGCAGAGUUUCAUCUAUUUUAUAAACCCGGAUGGAGAUUAUGUCGUUAAACCCGUGGUGAAAUGUCCCCCGGGGGAUGAAGAGUACUUGGAGAGAACGCCAAUUGUGGCGUAUGACCAUUACUUGAGAUUAAUGGCGGAUGCGACGCUACGUUAUUGAAAGUUUGUAUUUUCGGGGGUGGGAAAUUUGGAAUAAAUUUAAUUUUAAAGAGAUGAA